GACGUGAAGGGUGGUGAAGCAUGGGUGAAGCUUUGUGCUCGGCGGCGUUGCCGGGAACAUCCCCGGGGUGCCGCGCAGUGUGGGUUUCCCGCUGUGGUAGCGGGGAGUGCGUGUUGUGCCUGUUCUUGUUAGGCAGGACGCGUGUCAGCUUUCCUAGGCUGGAAUAAUGAGAGCGGCUGGAAAUUAGAGUCACUUGCAAGCGAGGCCAUAGAAGCUUUCAGCUAUUUUAAUUUUUUUCCUGCUCCUGUUGGUUUGGAGCUAUGUAAACACUGCACCUACACAGUCUGUUGUGCUUGCUCCGGGAGUGCCUAGUAGCCCUCCGUGCGUUUGCCACUUUGUGACCAGAUUCCAUCUGAAAAGAAAAAGCUGCUUCUGACAGUGCAGCUUCGACCUGAAUCGGCUCCAGCUGAUACGCAGCCAGGCUGCUUCAAGUGAUGCUGAUGUGGAACGGUGUGGACCCAGGCCAGCUCACAACAAUUAGUCGCAAGAAUGGACAGCAAAUUGUGGAUGAACCUAUGGGAGAAGAUGAUAUCAACCAACAAACUGAAGAAGGAAGUAUCAAAGAAAUUGCAAUAACUCACCAUGUAAAGGAAGGACAUGAGAAAGCAGACCCUUCACAGUUUGAACUUCUGAAAGUACUAGGACAAGGAUCUUUUGGAAAGGUCUUCCUUGUCAAAAAAAUCUCAGGAUCAGAUGCAAGACAGCUUUAUGCAAUGAAGGUAUUGAAAAAGGCCACCUUGAAAGUUCGAGAUCGGGUCCGGACAAAAAUGGAGCGCGAUAUUCUAGUAGAAGUUAAUCAUCCUUUUAUUGUCAAGUUACAUUAUGCUUUUCAAACAGAAGGGAAGCUGUAUCUUAUUUUGGAUUUUCUCAGGGGAGGAGACUUGUUUACACGUUUAUCCAAAGAGGUGAUGUUCACAGAAGACGAUGUUAAAUUUUAUCUGGCAGAAUUAGCACUUGCUUUAGACCAUCUACAUAGUCUUGGAAUAAUAUACCGGGACCUAAAACCAGAAAACAUCCUGCUUGAUGAGGAAGGACAUAUCAAAUUGACAGAUUUUGGCUUAAGUAAGGAGUCAAUUGAUCAUGAAAAAAAAGCCUACUCGUUCUGUGGAACAGUGGAAUAUAUGGCACCAGAAGUUGUGAACAGACGAGGCCAUACACAGAGUGCAGACUGGUGGUCUUUUGGUGUUUUAAUGUUUGAAAUGCUCACUGGUACUCUACCUUUCCAAGGGAAAGACAGAAAAGAAACCAUGACUAUGAUUCUCAAGUGAGUACACUCUUAUUUAUAUAUCUCAUCAGGUAUUCUACAGGGAUGCCCUCCGGGCUGCAAUAUCUAAUUUCUACUCCUCCCUCAUUUUCAAAGGUACUGGUAAAUCCUCACUCCCUAUUCCAUAUUAUUAAUUCCCUUUGCUGCCUAUCUAAUUUGCUUCACUAUUCCUCCACCAUACCAGGUACAAAGGAUUUCAUAGCAGCUCUUUAAUCUGUAAUAAUAAGUUCUCCAACCACAUGAUCUCUCCCAUCUUAUUUCCAUAAUAUUUUUUAACUUCCUUAUCCUUUUUGAUAACCUGUGAAUUU